CGAAUUAGGGCUUAUGCGAGAGUGAGAGAACUCUCCCCUUUUCCUCUCUGCCCCGAUGCGGUGCUUCACCAGCGAUGCUUGUGGCAGCUGCAGCACAGGUAGGUUUUGGGGGUAAGAUUUGCUGGUUUCUUGCUCACGCCGUCGGUGUGGGGCUGCUCAUCCUUCUCUACGAGGAAUUGCAACACCAGAUCUUCUCCUACACUUGGUAUGCGUUGCUAUAUCUCGUCUUGAUCGUUGUUACUGUCAUUCAGUACUACCGGGUUGCUGGUUCGUCACCGGGCUACGUGGAGGAUCUGGAAAACGAUCCAGAGUUCGAAGCGGGAAUUAAAGCUGUAGCCGGCUCCACUCCAUUUUCUCACUGCAGUACCUGUCGCGUUGUCCAGCCUCCCAGAACAAAACACUGCCACGAUUGUAACAAAUGCGUGCUGAGAUUUGAUCAUCACUGCGUCUGGCUGGACACUUGCAUCGGACAGUACAAUCAUCGCAGAUUCUGGUGGUAUGUUUUUCUGGAGACCUUUUUGUGCAUCUGGUCGACAGUCCUCUACUUUCUUGCCUUCCACUUGCAAAAGAGCUCGGCAUGGCCACAGAAUCUGCUGCUGCUGGUGACGUUCGUGGGCCUCCUCUGUUGUUCUAUAUUUCUUACCACCCUGCUCGUUUUCCACAGUUAUCUGGUGCUUACAAACCAAACGACGUAUGAGAAAACACGUCGCACACGAAUUCCAUACCUCCGCAACCUUCCGAAGGAUGCGCACCCCUUCAGCAAAGGAGGUUGUGGAAAUGUAACCGAGUUUUGCUGCGCGUCGCAACCGUAUCGUUUCUACAAUCUUCCUCCCGACCAUGAAGCUGCUGGCCCGUGCCUCGCUGCAAGGAACGCAACCGAGUCGAUAACCAAGUCUACCAAGUGCUGCUCGUGGUGGCGAUGAUACAUUGGAAGCCGCCGCCUUUUUAUUUUUUUUCCUCUCUCGUAUUGCGCGCUGUGUACCAUUUCCUGAGUGUGUAAAUAGCUAGCCUUUCCUAGUAGCGUUUUCCUCUCAUAUAUUAAAAAUGUAACAUGCUGGCUUGUACGAAACGUC